AUGUCGGCAGGUAAAUAUGCUUUAGGAGCUGCAGCUAUCGUUGGUGGUGUCUGGUACUAUGACCAGAAUGUCCAACGUAUCUUGCCUAGAAAAGAGCACCAGCAAUUGGCUCAGCAAACUGCUAGAAUUGACCACAAAGCUCACGAGCUCAAUAACAAGUUGACCAACAAAAUCGAAGAUGGUAAGUCACAUUUGCAAAAAAAGACUGAAACCGUUAAGGAUGACGUUAAGAGCUCUCAAACUUAUAAGGAUUUCCAAGCCAACAAGACAGAGUACAAAAAGCACGUUGAAGAUGCAACCACUCCUAGAAGUGAGAAGUCGGUAUUUGCUUUGGGUAUGGAAAGGUACAUUGAUUUUGUCAAUUGCUUGGGUGAAGGUAAAGUAAAGACUGGCGAGACCCAAUACUCUUCAGUUGGCCCCUUACCUGAAGUCAAGGAGAAGCCAAUUUUUGGUAACUGGUUUAGCAAAGGUGAAGACAAGGUGGACCAAGCAAAAGAAGAGGCUGAAAAGAAGAAGAAUGAAUGGACAGCAUGGGGCUCAAGCAAGGCUGACCAAGCCAAGGCUGAUGCCGAAAAGGAAAAGAAUAAGUUGUUCAAUUGGGGCUCAGACAAGAAGGAUGAAGCUAAAGAUAAGGCUGAGCAAGCCAAGAAGGAUGCCGAAUCAAAAAAAAAUGAAUGGUCCAACUGGGCUUCUCAAAAAGUUGACGAUGUGAAAUCCGAUGCCGAGAAGCAAAAGAAUAAGGUUAAAAACUGGGUGUCUGACAAGACCAGUGAUGCCGAAGCCAAGAAGGAUGAAUGGGUCAACUGGGGAUCAAAGAAGGCUGACCAAGCUCAAGCCGAUGCGGAAAAGGAGAAGAAUAAGUUGUUCAACUGGGGUUCCGAUACUGCUGAACAAGCCAAGAAGGAUGCAGAGUCAAAAAAGAAUGAAUGGGUCAACUGGGGCUCAGCAAAGGCUGACCAAGCUCAAGCUGAUGCCGAAAAGGAGAAGAAUAAGUUGUUCAACUGGGGUUCUAACACUGCUGAACAAGCCAAGAAUGAUGCUAUUGUUAAAAGUGACGAAUUGAAGGCUCAUGCCGAACAACAAAAGAAGUCAUGGUUUAAUUGGGGUAAUAAAAAAGCCGAUGAAGCUAACGACAAGGCUGACGAUUUUGCCAAAUGGUCUGGUCAAAAGUGGGAAGAGGCUUCAGACGAAUUGAAGAAACAAUACGAAGUUUCCAAGAAGGAGUUAAACAAACAAUACAAUCAAUUGGGAAAGACUGUUGAAGGUGCUAAGGAUCAACUUAAUGACAGAUAUAAUGUUGAAUACGACAGAGCAUUGAAGCAAUAUGAGCAAGCCAAGAAACAGUUUGAAGACUUGUCCAACCAAUUGGUGAAUGACCCAGAAAAGAAUAAGAAAUUGUCCAAAGCUAAGGAAGAUUUCAACUCUUCAUUGGAACACUUGCGUUUGUACAGUGAAGAUGUUUAUCAUGACAUUAAGAGUAAAUUGAGUGAUGUUUUCAAAUAA